UUUUUAUCAACAACAACAACAGUGAUGAAUUUGAAUCAAUCAAACAAUCAAUCCAUCCGGAUCCACUGAUGAAUCAUAAUUAGUAUAAUUUAGUUUUUUGUAAUACUACGUUGUGACAAAUAAUUGAUGAUAUUUUGUUCGGGUUUCAAGUUUUUCUAAGUUUUCACUUUUCAGUCUUUUUUUGUGGAUCCUUGCGUAACAAGUGGAACAGGUGAUAAAGAAAACUUGAUACUAGAUAGAGAACUGACCAUAAAUAUUUAUGCAAACAUCGACCAAAAAUGACUUGAAAAUGAAAUUUGAAAUUUUGUGAGGUGUUAAAUACUGUUCCACAACACAAUGUCAAAUCCUCAAUCAUAUCACGAUGCCAUUUCUACUUUUCACUCAGCCAUUGAUUGCGAACAAGCCGGAAAUAACAGAGAAGCGUAUAAAAAAUAUUCCAAUGGUUUAGCACUCAUUGGAAACAUUCUGAAGGAAGAUGUCGAUGUCAUAUCCAAACCUGUUGUGAAUGUGCACAAACACUUGUUGGAAUUUGCCAAGAAAAGCACUGAUCGAUUACUACAUAUUUUAGAAAAUUCUGGUUCGGAUUUUGAAAACUCGCUCAGUGACAAAGAUAACUCCCGAUUAUCCGCUUACGCAGAGUUAUCAAAAACUUUGCCGGAAAUAAUAACCGGUAAACCCGCGAUGCCUUUGAACUUUUCAGAAGUGGAAGGUUAUACAUCACCCCUAUCAUUUCUGGAGGCAGAGAACAAACGUACAGUGAAAGUAUAUGAAAAACGCAUGGGAUCGUUAAUAAAUGAAUCUGAAAAAGCAAGUUUACAUUUAGAAUUAGAGAGACGACUCGCAGAAAACGAAGCAUUAGCAAGAAGACGACAUGAUGAAUGGGAGAAACAAAGAGAGUUAUUAGCAGCAGAGUGUAAUUUAUUAGCGCAACAGAAAUUCGACAUUCAAAACAAAAUAAGAAAUGGUCAUGUUAACGAUGCAGAUAUCACCAAACAGAAUUUAUACGCUGCUUCGCUGCAAUUUAAUAAAGAACACAACUGGGCGAACGAGUUGAGCAAAAAAAUUGAGAACAGUAGUAACGACGAAAAAUUUCUAAAGAAAACAUUAACGUAUCUGCUGCAACAUGCUUCUUACCCAUUAGCUUGCAUGUUGAGAAAAACUCAAGAAAAAGUAUUGCAUAAAUUAACGAAGCUAGUCACCAAACCACCCCCGAAUAAUGAAGAAGAGAAAUUAGUUCUUGAGGAACACUUCAAAAAUAUUGCUCAAGACAUUAAGGAGGAUUUAUUUAUAUUAUUAAAUGUAAUACAAGCGUUGUGGGAGUUGUUGGGAAAUGAACAUAAUCAAAACUUGAUAAUUGACGUAUUGCACCAUUUGUAUUUUCCGUCCGUGAAACCUUACUUGAUUCGCUUACUGAGAGUCAUUUUACGAAAAGAAGAAGAAAAACUAUUGCAAGCAAUGCAAGGAAAUAGUGCUCUUACAAUGCAUUACCCAACUCAGCUCAAUCCCAUAAUUGGUAAACUACAUCAAUUGUCGAUGAUGCAUUCGCCUACAACAAUGUUGAUUUUAUUGGUUGACACUUUAAAAUCGUUCAUUUCAAUUAAUUCGUACAUGGACCCGAAUCAGAAUUUACCGUCCUUAUCCAUUAGUAUUGACGAUUUGAUGCCUAAAUUAAUACAUUUAAUUUUGGUUUCAAACAUGUCAACAUUACCGGUUGAAAUCAAGUUUGUUGAAAAUUUCAUGCCAGCCAAAAAAGCUCUAGGAGAGGAGGGAUAUGCAGUUACUCUUUUUCAAAGCGUAUUAUCAUAUAUUUACGAAGAGUAUAGCUCAGUUCAGGCCUAAACAUGUUUUGUGUUAAGAUUUGUUGAACAAAAAUAUUUUCAAUGGUUUUUUAACGUGCAAUUACAUAUUAUAAUUAUUUUUAAUGUGAUACUUUACAAAUAACAGGUUUAUUAUGUGUAACUUACAUCUGAUUGUUUGAGACAAUGUGCCGAAUUUUUACAAUAGGUACCUAUUAUUAAUAAUUUUUCUAAUAUGAUCAAGCAAGCAGAUUAUAUAUACUCUCAUCAAUAA